AUGCAUAGUUAUUCUCCACGUCAUGAUGAUGAUAUCAAUGAAGAUGUAUUUGAUGAUGAUACAAAUGCUCAAUUAAAUAAUUCAUCAUCCGAUAUUAAACUUCGACGAACAACAAAUCCAGAUUCAUCAAAUUAUCCUGUAAUACAUCGAGCUUUAUCAACUGUAUCUGCAAAUCAAAGUCUUGUGAAUAAUCAACGAAAUGUUUUAGCAAAAAAUUUUCGUCGAAUUUCAGUUAAUGAUGAAAUUGUGACUAUUGAUCAUACGGAUGCUGAUGCAUCAUUUAUAUUACCAAAUCUCUAUGAAUUAUCAGAUGAUAUCCGUACUCGUGUUAUGGAUAGUCUUGUUGAUACACCAACAAUGGCAACAUUGGAAGAAACAAGACGUCUCAAUUGGUGGGUUAAUAAAAAAUUACCUUGUCCAAAAUUAUAUCCACUCUUAACAAGUGGAGAUGGAAAUUGUCUAUUACAUGCUACAUCACUAGCUAUGUGGGGUUUUCAUGAUCAUUCGUUAUCAAUGCGUAAAGCAUUGAAUGAAACAAUGAUUACAUCAAAACCAAAUAAUUCACUUUACCGACGAUGGCGUUGGGCUCAAUAUGUACAAAAUAAAAAAUAUGGUCUUGUUUUUUCUGAACAAGAAUGGAAUGAAGAAUGGAAAGGUUUAUUAAGAUUAUCAUCUGCUGAACCACGUGUAUCACAAAUAAGUUCAAAUACGAAUUCAUCUGAUCCAAAUUCUUCAACUGAUGAAUCAAAAAGUUAUAAAUCAUCACAAACUGUAACAGUUACAAAUACUGGUGGUUCAACAAAAUCUUCAUCACAAUCCACAAGACAAUAUUAUGAAAGUUUAGAAGAAUUUCAUGUUUAUGUCUUAGCAAAUAAUAUACGUCGACCGAUUAUUAUUUAUUCAGAUACGAUAUUACGAACAAACGAUGGUGAAGCUAUUUCCCCUAUUGAAUUUGGAGGAAUUUAUUUACCAUUAGAAAUUCCACCUGAAAAAUGUCAUAAACAACCUGUAUUCCUAGCAUUUGAUGCUGCUCAUUUUUCAGCACUUGUACCUAUGGAACAAAAUAGUAAACCAGCAUCAAAAGUGACUUAUCGAAUUCCUCUAAUUGAUAUUGAUGCAAUCGAUCUACUGCCAAUACAUUACUUUAUUGAUCCUGGUGCAAGUUUUGCAUGGCCAAUUGAUGAAGAAUUAUCUGAUGAUAAAAUUCAUCUAUAUACUCAUUAUGGUGAAAGUCGAAUGGAAACUCUUGAAAAAUAUUUAAAUCUUUCAAAAGAAAAUUGUCCUUUCAAUAGUUUAAUUCCAUCAACAUCGACAACUAAUAAUAAUAAUAAUAAUAAUACUUUAAAUGAUGAAUCAACAUCAACAACAGAUAAUAAUCCAUCAUCAACAAUAAAUGUAGAUCUAUCUACAACAGGAAAUGAUACAAAUUCUAUAACAACACCUGUUAUAAAUAAAAAAUCUACUCGUCCAUCACUUAAUUCAUUUUCAAAAAUUAUUCGUCGAACAUUUAUUGAACCAUUUUCAUCUAAUAAACGAGGUUCAUUUAAAUUAAAAGGACAUCAUCCAAAUCCUGAUGCAUCUGAUACAUCAAUCAUUCCUGAAAAUGAACAUAUACGUCGUGCAUCAUCACCAUUACUUAAUCGUCGUACAAAUAAUUUAACAAUAAUUGUUACAAAUUUUCAACCUAAACGACCUAAAGCAAGUGAUAAUAUGACAAAAAAUUAUAUUGAUUCAUGUAUGAAUGACUAUCGAGUUGAAAAAAAUUCUAAACAAUCGAAUGAAACAUCAACUUUAAAUGAGAAUGAAACGAAUUCAACUAAGGAUAAUUAUUCAGAUCGAAAUAAUGAUGAAUCUUCUUAUCAACAACCUACGAUGUAUCAUCGAUAUCCAUCAUCAUCAUCAUCGACAACAGCAAAUACAAGUCGAUAUCAACCAAAUACUUCUCAAACUACUAAUACGAAAGAAAAAGUUAAUGAAACAUCAGGAAGAAAAAUGCCAUCUAUACCAAAUAGUUCAACAAAUAAAAUAAAUCCAGUAGCGAAACGUGUACAAAAACCUAAUGAUAUCGAUGAUAAUGAUGAUACAAUACCGAUGGAAAAUGGACAAUUUUCAACAAAUAUUAAUUAUGUACAAUCAACACAGCGAAAAUCAAAUUAUAUACCACCAAGCAAUAGCCUCGAAAUGAAUCAUGGACGACAUCAUUAUCCUGAAUCUUAUAUGAAUGGUCUUUCUCCAAAUCGAACAAUAAAAGGAAAUAUUCCUGAAGGAUCACCAAAAAAUCAUCCGAUUACUGCUCCUUUACCAUCAACAUUUCAACCAAGUCUUCUUAAACGUCAACAAUCAUUAGGUGUUGAUAAAAAUGCUGCUACUCAACGUUUACCAGAUUCAAAUAUUAAUACUCGUGGAUCAAUUAAAUUGCAUAAUAAUUAUCAGUCAAAUCGACCACCAAAUAUUGAACAACAAAAACGUCUUUAA